GGAAGAGGCGGAGCCGCGGAAGGUCAAACCGAGGGAAGGAGGAGGAAAAGGCGCUGAUCCCAACCAGCCACCGCCGCCGCUGGAUUCCCCCGUCCCCCCCCCCGUCCCGCCGCCGCCUUGGAACGUUCGCCCCCAGGCGGCCGCGCGAUUGGCUGCCCGGCGUUCUAACCCCCCCGGGUGGUGGGGGGGGGGAAAGCUGCGACUCAACGUUCUAAACAGGCGCCGAACGUUCUAAAAAGGCAACUCAACGUUCCAUCGGGGCGCUUCGGAUACACGCGGGGAUUUUUUUGCGGGUUUUUUUUUUCCUCCUAGCACGAGGAGGAGGAGGAGGAGGCGACCCUUCCCCCCCCCUUCCUUUUUUUCCUCUCCCCUCUCCUUCUCCAUUCGCGACGGGGUUUGCGAUUCCGUUUCUCUCUCUUCUUUUCUUUUUUUUAAUCCCUCCAUUCCUCUCCCCAUGGAAGACGUCGGCGCCUUGGUGGCGGCUUACUCCCGGGGCCUGGCCGGCGGCCUCGGCGUGACCGUGUGCGCCGCCGCCGCUGCCGGCGGAGUCUUGCUUUAUAAAAUCGCGCGAAGGGCGAAGCCCACCCACACGACCGUCAACUGCUGGUUUUGUAACCAGGAUACCGUGGUGCCGUACGGGAACCGCAAUUGCUGGGAUUGCCCGAAUUGUGAGCAGUACAACGGAUUUGAAGAGAGUUUUUACGCCUCGGCUUCUGCCAGCAAUACCACCCCACUGCGAGUGAUCCUGCUGCGGAUUCUGGCCUUCCUGAGUUGUGCCGUUCUCGUGGCGAUGGCCCUGUACGGGUCAGGAGAUCCAUUUUUCUCGGGUUCUGCCACACCGCCGGUCCCGCCAAGCCCGGGUCUGUCGAGGAACAAGACUGGGCCACCGCCAGUGAUCCUGCCACGGAAUGGCUCCCUCCUGGAAUCGAUGGGCUGGCAGGAGGCAGUCCAGUCUCUUUCCGGGCGAGCCGUGGAGAUGCUGGAAGCGGCCUGGGUCUACGGGAAGAGCCAUCAAACGGCCGUGGUCGUCUUGGGGCUUUUCACUUGCAUCCUGGCCAUGUUGCUGGCUGGGCGGAUCAGGCUCCGACGCAUCGACGCCUUCGCUGCUUUCCUGUGGCUACUGGUGAUGGGCUUCCACGUGGUAGAGAAGUAUCUGCAGGUGGACAUCCCCAGCUGGGUGGAGACCGCCAAGUUUGGCACCACCUCCCUGUGCUGCUUGGUGGGGUUCGCAGCCGCCGUGGCCACGCGGAAGCCCGGGGGUCAGUGGAGACCUCGGCCCCGAAGGUUUUCUUCAGGAGACCAGGUGGCCAUGUUCCCCAGCAGUGCCGAGUUCAGCUUUGCCUAUCCUUCUCCUCCCCACCCUUUCGUCCCCAGUCCUCCCAGUAUCCUCCAGUUGAACCAGCGGCUUUUCUGCUCCCCACGCCGGACGUCGUCCUCGUCUCUGCCCGGACGGUUGAAUCGGGCCCUUUCGCUCGGUACGAUUCCUUCCCUGGCCAGGACUGAUUCGGGCUACCUGUUCAGCGGAAGUCGGCCGCCCUCGCAGGCCUCCUGCCCCAAGGAUUGGGCAGCCUCAGAAUAUUUCUCGGUCCUCUCCGGUAGCUGCAUGCCCUCUCCGGCACCCUCGCCGGCACCGUCAGUGGCCGGCUCCGUAGCGUCCAGCUCCAGCUCCUUGCGUUUCCGCCGGCCCCUGAUCAGCCCCGCUCGGCUGAACCUGAAAGGGCAGCAGCUGCGACUCUUCGGGGGGCAAAGCGCAUUCCAUCACGGGGAAGAUUUCGCCUCUUUGGAAAACAGCCCGUUCGCCCCGGAGCGGUCCGUCUUCCCCAAAAUGCCCUUCGGAGAGCAGGGCCUGCCAGAUGUGACAGCGGCCAGCAGCGUCUCCACCGAGGAUUCAGGGAAAAAGGCAGAUGGUUCUUCUCACUCGUCAAAUUGUGUGGUUGACACCACAACGAAAGAAGAACCUUCAGGCUGGAAAGGCUGCUUUGGGAACCUGCUCCUCCGAGGUCUCCUGGCCCUCAGCCUGACCGCCAACGCCAUCUUCACCUCGGCCUACCUCUACCAAACGUUGCGAUGAGCCUCAGCUUUUCCCACACACACACCUUCUCCACCCCCACCCCCCAAAAAAGUGGGGAGUCUUCCCCAUUUUUGCCCUUGUCCUGGAGAUCGCGAGGUUCCAGGAGGGAUUCGGCCGUCACAAGGACCUCUUUUCUUCCGCCGCAUGGCCGCGUCCUUCGCGGGCAGCGGGAUCCAGUCAGUUUCUCCCGCUGCUCCGAUUAUUGCUUUGCCUUGCCUUCUCUCUCCAUCCUCUGAGAAGAGAGUCUUGGUGGAAUGGGAAGCGCCUCUCGGCUUCUUUUUUUUUGCCCUUUUUUGUUCCUCCAUUUGUACAGAUUUGUGGGAUGAAGAGAUGGGAGUUUGGAAGGCCAAGGCGCGGGCGGAGUUGCCCUUUCAGCCCACCUUGCUUCAGUCGCAAACCUUGAAUGGUGGUUAAAUGCUGGCUCCCGGAGAGAACUGAAGAACUUUGGGGGCGGGGUGUCCUUUCCCUCCGUCCUCUUUGGUCUUCCAGGCCCCCGGCCCCCUUUUCCCAAUCUCUCUGUGGCCAAGGGGAGCGGGGAAACUAGUCCCUUGCAUUGCUGGAUAGGUUGCUGACUCCAGGAUCCGGUCAGUUUCACUGCUUUUUCAGGAUCCGGUCAGUUUCACUGCUUUUCAAGUCAAAUGUGUCUGGGACGUUUGGAGAAAGUCUCUGUUACUGUGUAAUGUUUGUUCUUAAUUUAUUAAUUUUUUCAGGGCAGGAGUUU